UCAAGACCCACAUUGUUUUGAGUAGUGAGGGUGGGAAGAGAAAGAUGAGUGUAGAAUUGUUGGAUGGUGCCACCAUUUUCAACUUUGUGGAGGACAAACAGGCCUUCGAAGACUCGGUUCAUGACUCGUUUGCCCGUCUCGACACAGACCAUGAUGGUCUACUCUCGUAUGCAGAUAUGGUGAAGGAGCUCCGGAGCCUGAGGAUGUUUGAAACCCACUUCGGCGUUGACGUCAAGUCGGAUCCAGAUGAACUAGCCAAGGCCUACCGCGCUCUGUUCUGCCAGUUUGAUCAUGAUUCUAAUGGGGCUGUAGAUUUAGAGGAAUUUAAGGCUGAAAUUAAACAAAUGAUGCUGGCCAUGGCGAAUGGACUGGGAUUCUUGCCUGUCCAAAUGGUCCUCGAGGAGGACAGCUUUCUUAAGAAAGCUGUCGAAUGGGAGUCGGCCAAAAUCGUUGCUUAGAAAUCUUUCAUCAACUACUCUUUUAACUUUUAAGCCUCUCUCUCUCUCUCUCUCUCUCACAUUUUUGUUCCGUUUCACCAUGAAGUGAUUAAACAUUCUACUUUUCCUUCUUUGGCGUCUCAAUAACGCCAUUCUAUUUUGGAUAUCUUUUUCUUACAAAUUCUAUGUGAAUUCAGAAUAAAAGUUCUUGCUUAAUUUG